UCUGUUAGGGCCACUUCCUCCCCAAGUGCUUACUCACCCAAGAGGGCUUCAGAGACAUGGCUAGUGGACUGUGGUAGGAAGGAUCCCUCUUGGGGGUGGGAAGGGGCUGCUGCACUUUUUAAUCCAAGGAAGAAGGCUGCCUGGGAUGUGCUGAUUUCAUUCUUCACUGACUCACCACCUAUUUAUUCAGCACCUACUGUGUGCCAGGUACCAUAGCACAUACUGGGCAUACAGACAUUAAGCAGACAUGGUCCCUCCCUCACGGUGCUCACAACCUAGACAUCUAAACAGAUAAGCACACUCAGGCAUUAAAAUAGUGGCACUGACUACAGUAUCAGAUUCUGUCCAUAAAAUAGUUCAUUUCAUCCUCGUAACACCCCCAGAGGUAGGUACUAUUGUCCCCAUUUUACAGACAGGGAAACUGGGACACUGAAGAGUUCAGUGACUUGUUGAAGGUUGCUUGGCUGGUUAGUUGAAGGUUGCAGGGCUGGAUUCAGACCCAGGCAGCCUGGCUCCAGAGCUCAUUUUUAACCGCUAGGCUAUACCAGCACCACAGUACAGGGAGCACGAUGUCGAAUGAAAUGGAGGGGAGAAGAGGAGAUACUGCCAAGGGUGGUGAAAAAUGAGAGGGUGUAUGUCCACGAAGAAGAGCAUUCCAGGCAGAGGGAGCAGCACAGAUGUGAAAGUGCCCAGUCUAUUUGGGGCAGCCACUGGUCUGUGGCUCAAGACAUCCCCAAGCUGCAGAAACUGGGCAUCACCCACGUCCUGAACGCGGCUGAAGGCAGGUCCUUCAUGCACGUGAACACCAAUGCCAAUUUCUACAAGGACUCCGGCAUCACCUACCUGGGCAUCAAGGCCAAUGACACGCAAGAGUUCAACCUCAGCGCCUACUUUGAAAAGGCGGCAGACUUCAUCGACCAGGCCCUGGCUCAGAAGACCGGCCGAGUGCUGGUCCACUGCCGAGAGGGUUACAGCCGCUCACCAACGCUGGUCAUCGCGUACCUCAUGAUGCGUCAGAAGAUGGAUGUCAAGUCUGCACUGAGCGUCGUGAGGCAGAACCGUGAGAUCGGCCCCAACGAUGGUUUCCUGGCCCAGCUCUGCCAGCUCAAUGACAGACUAGUCAAGGAAGGGAAAUUGAAACUCUAGGGCACCCCCACUGCCUCUUCUCUAGAGGACGGACAGGGGAGGCCCUGGUGGAGGUGUCCCAAGCUGCCAUGUUUAGGAAACACAGUGUACCCUGCUCCCAGCAUCACCAGGCACUUGCCCACAAGUCUGUCCCAACACACCCCUGGGCCAUUUUUCCCCCGGGGAGCAUAGAGAGAAGCUUGCUGAGGAGGGCAUUCUUGUCCUUGGUGUGACCUGUGCCUGCAGUUUGCAAUGUCCUCACCCUGAGGUGGGGACGCAGAGGGGGAUGGCCUGGGACAGGUGUGCUUCUCCCGGAUGACCCAGGGCAAGAGGUCUGAGAUGCUCACAGGGGCCCGUCCUGCCCUUCUCCACCCGUCACUCCCCACCCCUCACCCCUGGGCCCUCUCAUGAGGGGGGGCCACAGCCCUGUAAAG